AUGACGCACAACAAUCUAACGCUGCAGAAGCGCACCAACGUGACCACGUUGUCGGAUGAAAUACUGGUAGAACGUGCGGUUUCCUACAUGCAGUUCUUGACACUUCACAAGCCUACUAUGAACCGGGAGCGCGCGCUGCUCAUGGAUGAGACGGCUGUGUACUUUGAGGACGCAAGAACAGACACG